AUGAUUCUUCUGUGGUCCUGCCUCCUGGUGGCUGCUGUAGGUGUCCCAGGCACCGCGACACCUCAUCCGAAGGCUUCCUCUCUGCAUCGUCUCACCAGGCAGCUCUUACAGCAGUAUCACAAGGAUGUCAGGCCAGUUUACAACUGGGCUGAGGCCACCACUGUCUACCUGGACUUUUGUGUUCAUGCUGUAUUGGAUGUGGAUGUACAGAAUCAAAAAUUAAAGACAAGUGUGUGGUACCGAGAGGUUUGGAAUGAUGAGUUUUUGUCCUGGAACUCUAGCCUGUUUGAUGAGAUUCAAGAAAUCUCUCUCCCUCUCAGUGCCAUCUGGGCCCCUGAUAUCAUCAUCAAUGAGUUUGUGGACCUUGAAAGAUCUCCUGACCUUCCCUAUGUAUAUGUGAACUCCUCUGGAACCAUUAGUAACCACAAGCCCAUCCAGGUGGUCUCUGCAUGCAGUUUGCAGACGUAUGCUUUUCCCUUUGAUAUCCAGAAUUGCAGUCUCACCUUCAAUAGCAUGCUGCAUACAGUGGAAGACAUAGACCUGGGCUUCCUGAGAAAUAGAGAAGACAUCGAGAAUGACAAACGGGUGUUUCUGAAUGACAGUGAGUGGCAACUUCUGUCAGUGUCCUCCACAUACCACAUCCUGCGGAGCAGCGUUGGAAACUUCGCUCAGAUUCGGUUUAACGUGGUGAUUCGCAGAUGCCCAUUGGCCUAUGUUGUGAGCCUCUUGAUUCCCAGCAUCUUCCUGAUGCUUGUGGACCUGGGGAGCUUCUACCUGCCCCCCAACUGCCGUGCAAGAAUUGUGUUCAAGACCAAUGUGCUGGUGGGCUACACAGUCUUCAGGGUCAACAUGUCUGAUGAGGUGCCAAGGAGCGCAGGGUGCACGUCUCUCAUUGGGGUCUUCUUUACAGUCUGCAUGGCCCUUUUGGUUCUCAGCUUAUCCAAGUCCAUCUUGUUGAUCAAAUUCCUCCACGAGGAGCGACACAGUGGGCACGAACGGCCUCUUCUUUGCCUUCGAGGAGACGCUGAUGCUGAUGAGCCUGGAUUGUACCCCAGGGCUCCGAGUGCUGAGACAACAGAGCCCCCAGUCCGUCAGGAGCACCAGGUUCAGCCAGAUACCCUGAAGGAAGUUUGGCUCCAGCUCCAAUCCAUCAACAACUCCCUCCGAACUCGGGAUCAGGUUUACCAGAAGGAGGUGGAGUGGCUGGCCAUCCUGUACCACUUCGAUCAGCUGCUCUUCCGAAUCUACCUUGCUGUGCUGGGGCUCUAUACUGUCACCUUGUGCACUCUCUGGGCAUUGUGGAGCAUAUGACAAUGGAGACUGCUGGUCUCACUAUGGGGUCACAACACUUAGGGCAAGCUGAACAGUGUUUGGAGAGGGAUUGAAAGGGAAAGAGUGAGUUGGUUUAAAAAAUGUCUCCCAGACUCCAUUGUCUCUUUUCAGUGACUACACAGAGGAGCAUCUUAUUGGUUAUUGACAG